GUGAUUUAUGUUACUUACUGUCCUAGUGUGAAUUAAUGUGAAUUAAAUGAAUUUAUAAUUUUUUGAGCAUUAUUUUAGUACAUUUAAUGUUGUUAUAUUUAUUUUAUGUUUUAAUCUUAUCGCAAACAAUAUGCAACACGAAGUUUUCAUUAAACAAGAGUUUCCAGAGACAGAGGAUGUGGAAGAUGUGCAACAGGAAUUACAUGAUUCCUAUAAUCAAUUUGAGACUGAAAAUAAUACAAAUACAGAUCAGACGCUCAAUCCAACGUUUAUAAAACAAGAGAAAGACGAAGAGGGUGAAGCUUCGGAACAUAUAUUACCUGAUUUGAGCAAAUACUGGGAAAUCGAAAUCACAAUUGUCAGAGACCCAUCACAAAAAGAAGAUCAACCACUUUCUGAGCUCAAAAUGGACAAACAGCAGAAAUCCAAAAGUCAUAACAAAACAAUUAAAGAAACAAGUAACAACAGACAAUUAAAAAAUAAAUGCAUCCAGGAAGUGGGCAAAACCAAGUAUGAGAUAUUUGGUAAAAAUAAAGAAAAAUUAAAAUAUAAAAGAAAUAAAAAUUUAGUCCAGAGUAAUGUUGUGAUCGAGAAAAAAGAUGAUAAUUGCAACUCAAGUGUUAUGGAGAAUCUGGAAGAUGUAACACCAAAUUCAGAUAUGGAUUGUGAUGAUGUCACUGUUUACUCUAAAAAUAGCAAUAAACGAGUUCGCAAAGUACUUAAAAAAGAACAGAAAGAUACUUUAUCAGACAAAGUGCCACCUCUCAAACGCAAACUGAAAAAGAAGCCAUUUUCUUGUCCUAUUUGUCGUAAAACUUUUGUAUAUGCUAGCAGAUUAGCAACACACAAUAGAUCCCACACAGGAGAAAGACCAUACGUAUGUAAAGAUUGUGGAAAAACAUUCUAUAAGUCAUUCGAUUUGCUGAGGCAUACAAGAACACAUACAAAAGAAAAACCUUAUUCUUGUCAUAUUUGUGAAAAACGUUUUGUUCAGGAUUGUAAUUUGGUGAAACAUAUCAGAACACACACAGGAGAAAACCCCUUCGCUUGUAAUGUAUGUGGCAGAAGCUUUAACCAAUCAGGCAAUUUGACAAGACAUUAUAGAAUACAUACAGGUGAAAAACCGUAUUCUUGUACUAUGUGUGAAAAAAGCUUUGUACAAAAUGCUCAUUUAGAGAAACAUUACAAGACAAUACACAAAAUAGAAUUAAAACUUAAAGUUAAACAUGAUCCAUUAAUAUAAUUUAUUUAGCUUAGGUAAUUAUGUAAAAUAGAUUAAAUAGAUUAGAUUAAAA